UGUAUAUGCGGGGGAUAUGCGCAUGCAUGCUGCACGUCGGCGUACGUACGGUGCAAACCCGGAUACGUAAAUCUGAACUUGAAGAAUCAGGAAUUUUUGUUCUGUGAAUGAAAGACCACAAACGUUUGCAGGGCUAGCCAAAUCAACAAACAGCGAGAUACGUCUCAGAAGUAAACGGGGAACGAAAGUGACCGUGAACAACACAAGUCGUCUGAAGUGAUUAACACAGUAGUUGCCAGCGCACCAUGGACAAAUGGGUGAGCCGUCGCAGAGGCCAACAGACCGUGGUGCCCAGCUGUCGCUUGUUCUGCUUCCCCUGGGGUGGAGGUGGGACGGGAUUGUACUCAAGCUGGGCUAAACACUUCCCUGGAAGCAUAGAGGUGAAUCCCGUCUGCCUUCCGGGUCGUGAGUUCCGCUUCAAAGAAAAACCCUACUCCGAUUUGGAGUUGCUGAUCGCGGACCUCUGUGAAGCUUUACUGCCAACCCUGCAAGAAAAGCCUUUUGCCUUCUUUGGACACAGCUUGGGUGCCAUUAUUUCGUUUGAGUUGGCGUGCUACCUCAAAACACAUCACAACAUGGAACCAACGCACUUGUUUCUCUCUGGAGCAACUGCACCUUAUUCCACCGUCCGCCAAGAGAUGGUCUCCGAAAAGCCCGUGGACCAACUCACGGACGACGAGUUCUUGGCGAGACUUGAAAAGUUGGGAGGGACACCCAAGGAAGUCAUGGCCCGGCCUCAGCUGCUGAAAAUGUACAUUCCGUGCAUCAAGGCGGACCUGAUGAUGCUGCUACACUACGGCAAAGAAGCCCCACCAGAGCCGAUCCUCAGUUGUCCUAUCAAUUUCUUUGAAGGUGCCGAGGACACGAGCAGAAAUCACGACAUUGAGUGUUGGAAAACAGUCACGUCGGGUUCAUUUGAUGCCACUUACCUACCGGGGGGCCAUUUUUACCUCCAACAGGAAGAAAACUCUGGCAAGAUCAUCAAGAGUAUUUCCGAGAUACUCGCGUCUACGUAAAUCUGCAACUGUCAGGGUGACAGGUACUACACAAUUUUUUAUUUUUUACUGGAAGAAAUACAGAGUAAUAAUUCAAUCACAAAAAGUGGAAUCAAACUAAGCCACGCCCAGGAGGGGUGUGUCUUAGUUUUAUGGGCGGAGCCAAUUCAAGGCCAUGCAUAUUCGUAACAAGGUCACUAUUGGGUGAUGAAGCAUUGGAGCCAUUAAAUAAUAUUUCAUUCCACCUCUCGUAGUACUAUUUUUUUCUACUCGGAACUUUUUCAGAAAGAGUGCAGGUUGCCUCUUCGAGGGUUUAAAAAAAAAUGUUUUUGAGAAUAAUUCCUUUUUGCUUGUCUGACAUAAGAAGUUUAUUUUAAGCUAGAUUCAUUUGAAUGCGCAUAAUAUAUGCAUUUAUUUAAAUAAAAUAUCCAUAAACUGCCAUGCUGUAAAAAAAGAGACUUGCAACGCAAAUUCAAAUUCAAUUUGAUAAAUUUAUGAAAAAUAAAGAAUUGUAACCAGUUUGUUUGUUAUGGGCAGAGCUUUAUUCGUUCUUUUAAAAAAAGAAUAAGUUACAGAGUUAAACAAUAUAUACAUGUACAAAAUGUACAAUGUAAAAAUAUAUUCUUGAUAAUGCAAAAAUGCAUUUCAUUUACAUGACCUUUAUAAAAAAUAAUACUGUUAACAUAUUUGUACACAAGUUCUACAAGUACACCUUGAGAACGGAGAAAAGUGUGCUAGUUUAGCUUUAAAAUAGUUCGUUUGCAAAGUACAUCUUUAGUUGAUCAAAGUAUUUUCCUGAUUUGAGCGAGCAAAUUUAUUUAAGGACGCAAUACUGAAAAAAAAUUAUGCCCUAGAUUUAUAAAAAGGAGGUAAAAUCAACAGUGACAACUAAAUUUGGACUGAAUAAAAACCAACAUAAAUAUUCAUUUAAUAUUCAAUUUACGUGGACGGGGCUCUUGGUUGA